AUGGGAGUGGACUCCUCCUCCACGAGCAGUGGACUGCUGCUGUGGGGCACCCCAGAGGUCCGCAGGAGGACUUCAGACGGCGCUGAGCGUAGCCAGCGUACGUCAGGAUCGGUACCAUCGGAGGACGGAGGAGGGUCCUCGGGCAGCCCUCAGAGGCUGCAACGGGAGUACCCCACGUUCAACUCAGAGGCCCAGAAGAGGACCUCAGACAGCGCUUGGCUUGCUGCUCGGCGCGCGUCAGGAUCCAGUAACGUGGGAGGACAGAGGGGAGUUCUGCAGCCCUACUACAGAGGCUGCAGCUGGAGGAGGACGCCGGUCACAUCAGAGGUCGUGAGGACCUCAGACAGCGCAACAAGUCGGCGCGUCAGGUUUGGUGACCAGAGGACGGAGGAACGCCCUCAGAGCAGCCCUCCUGCCAGAGGGAGAAGGAGGUGUCAGAUCUGCAAAAGGAAGCACCACUCACUGCUUCAUUCUAAUGGGAAAUUUAUUUCAGAAGCCAGUGAGGAUAAGGAGCAAGGGUCUUCGGCAGUAGUCAGUUGUACGCUUACUGAAGAAGCAGGAGGUGCAGAAGGAAAUAUUACUUCGUGUUUUUCGGCGAAUAAAACGGGAAAACAGGUACUAUUAGCUAUAGCUGUGGUAAAUAUUGAAGCUAAUAACGGAACACGGAGAACGGUACGCGCUUUGCUCGAUCAAGGAUCGCAGGCGUCAUUUGUGACCGAAGCGACGAUACAAGGUUUGGGUUUAAAGAAGACAAAGACGAAAAACGUUGUAUCAGGUCUGGGAGGAGAUAAAAAGGUCAUCAUCAACUCGACGGUUAACAUCAACUUGCAGUCUCGGGUCAAUCCUGAAAUCAAGUUCAAGGUCAAGGCGUACGUGUUAAGAAAGAUCACAGCUUUUCUUCCAGCGAAAAAGGUUGGUGACCUGGAAGGUUUGGAUUUAACGGGACUUACCUUGGCUGACCCUGAGUACCACACGCCCAACAAAGUGGAUAUUUUGUUAGGUGCAGAUGUGUACGGGCAGAUUCUGCAAGAAGGAUUAAGGAAAGGUAUCCAGGGUGGAGUGAUUGCACAAUCUACAGCUUUAGGCUGGAUCAUUUCGGGCACUGAUCGAUGA